CAUCAAAUUUCCCCAAACAACGUCAAAAAAUAAACAUAACCUCAGAAGAUCCUCUGAAGUGUCCAAAACCUGUGAUCAUUAAAAACUUAUCUAAAAUGCUUCCGUUAUGGUCAAAUACGCCGUCAGUAAAGCGAAAAUGUUUACUUCUAAAAAUCUCUCCGGAAUUGAGACGGUUCUAAAAGUCGACAAGCAAGGAAAAUCGGUGAUUAUAACCCUUGAACAAAAAGUCUCGUCGUUGGUGUACAAGGGUGCCGUUUAUGUGAUUGGGGCUGUCUUGGCUCUAGUUGCUGUUUAUUUAUUUCUUGUGAGAAAUGUGGACGUUAUUAAGUAUCUCACUGCCAUUUUUCUUAUUAUCUUGUCAUAUCAAUUUUUAGGGGUGGUUUAUGAAGAGUCGUUAGUGAUGGUGCAUUCCUUGGGAUAUCAGGUUACUUCCAAAAGUCUUGUCGGUCAGACAGAUUUGUUCAUUCCUUGGAACCAAGUACAAAGUAUUUUUAUUAAUGAGGUUAUUGUUAGGCAUAAAGUGAUUCAUUUGUUAACUAUCUUAACCAAAGAAAAAGGAAAGGAAAAGCUGAUACCUUUAUUUUUGGAUCUACAGCCGCGGCUGAAACAUUUGGAGAUAAUUUGCAAGCAUUUAAAAAGUCCAAGCAGCUGAUAGUACUGAUUUCCUCUACCUCUUGAAGUUUGCCGUGUAGGUAUUUUAAAACUGCAUAAAGAGUUUUAAUCAUAAAUUACUGUUAGUUAUUUUUUGUGGUUCAUUGUUUUAUAUUGUAAAUAAUUUGGUUAAUGUAGGCAACCAACAAUACAUUUUUUAAAUCAAAUAA